AAUGAACGGUUGGUUCAUCGCUUCGAUCCAAUUCAGGAGCGAUUCUGGGAAUCCGGCUCGGUUCCCCUAGUUUAGACAUCCGUCUGGAAGGCCAUGUGAUGCCAUUAAACCAAACGCUGAUUUAAUGGAUAUAACCGGGUGAUUUCGAAGACAAGGAUACCAAAACAUCCAGGUGUGAGUUGUGUUCUCCAGGUUUGGAGUAUUCUGUUGUUUCUGUCAGCGGUUCUGGUUUGGUCAGUAUGCAGCGCUGGGUGACUCUGGCUCUGUUGCUGAGCCUCGGGGUCAGACGCGCCCUCGGACAGAACGGUGUGGGUGAACUUCCUGUGCCUCGUGGUUUAACCCUAAAUCCUGAUUUGCCCGCGCAGACUCUUUCUUUGACAUGGGAGAGUGACUCAUCGCUUUUUGACCUUGAGAUUUUCCACACCGAGCUCAUGAAUGUGGUGCUGAAUGAGACCGUGGAAGUUAAAACCGAUCCUUUAACAGGACUGCAUAGUUGGACCUGGCACUCACCAUUACCCUUGGAGUGCACUUCUCAUUCUGUGCAGAUCAGAGCACGAAACCAGCAGUCGCUCAGCCAGUGGAGCCCCCUUCAGACCAUUCUGGGGUCGGAUAUUCCUGAGAAGUCGGAUUCUUACAUGUUUCCCCAAGAUAAAGUGGUUCCUGUGGGCAGUAACACGACCUUCUGCUGCAUUGUUAAGGAGAAGGUCGAUUUUAAAGAAAUGAAGUACGGGCGUCAGGAGAUGACCGCCACACGACUGAGCAGAAGAACGUAUGCCAUCACAGUAACCAACCAGCCAGCAUCUGGCAACACGGGCACCAACGUGAUCUGCUGUUCCCAAAGCUCCACCCUCACAGGAGCUGUGGUGUUUGUAGGCUAUCCGCCGGGCGAUGAGGGCUUGGUCUGCGAGACGCGGGACCUGGCAUCCGCAGAAUGUUCUUGGAAGAAAGGACGAGAUACUCACUUGAGAAUGAAGCGCAGCCGCACUAAAUACACCCUUAAUGGAAGGGACUGUUUGGAGGCUAAUGAAAGGAAGGGAUCGUGGUGUAGCUCGAAGGUCUGGGAGGAGAGCUGGACUCUGGUGGCUCGAAAUCCUCUUGGAAGCGUCCAGCUCACUGACUCAGCCCAACUCACUGACCGCGUACAUCUGCUGGCUCCAGUGAAUGUGACAGCAGUUGAAGUCAAGGCCUGGAGUGCCACACUGCAGUGGAGCUGGUCUGUGGAGGCGUAUAAAAAGCUGGAGAUGGUCUGCCAGCUGCAAAUCUUAGACCAGGAACAUAACAGCACACAUAACUACAGUGGUGCAGGAUUAUCUUCUGCGGUUCUGGAGGGUUUGUGGCCAGAUGUGGACUACACUGUGACAGUGCGCUGCGGCUCGAAGCACAGUUUCUGGAAGUGGGGGAACGAGAGCGCCGCCUACAGGAUCCACACUAAAAUGGACCGUCCUGAUGCUCCUGAUGUCUGGAUCUGGAUGGACAGCAGUAACACAGGACGAGUUUUUUGGAAACCUCUGUCCGUGAGAAAAAGUCACGGUGCAUUAGUCGCCUACGAGAUUUCUCAGAGCUCAGCCGAGGAGGCACCGGUUUCUCUUCCUCCUUGGAACUUCAGCUAUCCCAUCAUCCUUAACAACAGCAGUGACAUCACCGUUGCCGUGGCAGCGCGAAACCCAGCUGGUCUCUCUGAGCUUUCCACUGGGAGCACCCCAGCAUACAGAGCAGAUUCCCAGCUGUCUGAGUCUGAGCUGCUCGGCACAAAUGGAUCAUUUGUCCUCUCCUGGCAGCCUCAUGUCAAUGCGAGCAGCGGGUACGCUGUGGAGUGGGUCCCGACCGGCUGCAGUGGACUCUGUACCGUUGACUGGAAGAAAGUUCCAGAAUCAGACAGCAGCUUCACAGUGAACUCAGACUCUCUGGUGGCAGGAGUGAGGUACACCGUAUCCGUGUACUCUCUCUCGACCAGCGCUCCUACGCUUCUGCAGAGAUGGCAGGGAUACUCACAGGAGAUGAUUCCUUCACAGCCGGUCAGCGAUCUGUUACCCAAUCAGGCUGGUUCUGAUGUGCUGCUGUCUUGGAAAGCCACCGCGAUGGAACACCAGAGAGGCUUCAUACGCGGAUACACCAUCUACCUGGCAAAUGCUGCACAUCUGGAUCUCAUCGAUAAUAUCUCUGACCCCGAAGUGCAGUCGUACAGGGUGAAGGGUUUGUCUCUGAGCUCUUAUAAGUUCGUAGUGAAGGCCUACACCUCAGCUGGGGAGGACGCAGGGGCCACUGUGGCCAUUAAAAUGGAGAUGAACACUGCUGACAUGUUGUUGGUUGGCAUUCUUGUGCCGUUGGGAAUCAUGUUCUGCUGUCUCAUCCUCAUCAGCAUUUUCUGCUACAAGAAGAGAGAGUGGGUAAAGAAAGCUUUCUAUCCUGAAAUCCCUGGACCUAAAGUACCCGGAGACUGGUCCUCCCCACAGGGUCCUCUGGAUGUGAAGCCCUCUCCUCACAGUCUGGUCCACAUUGAGGAGAGUCCAGGGUGGGAUUUUACUAAGGAAGGCCUGUUCCCAGUCCCAGAGGAAGAGGAGGAGUCUGAGAACGACAACAUCGAGGUCGACACUGACUCUGAUGAACCGGCCCUGCUGAGAUACUACAACCAGGUGGUUGGUGACGGCUCUCACAGUAACCAGGUCUCAGACUCCUCUGGUUCCUCCACCGUCUCGGUGGGCUCCACGCAGACUGAAGUGACCUACGCAGGCAUCCAGAGCCCCACCCCCUCGCAGGGGGCGUGCAGUGGCGGAGGUUACAGGCCUCAAAUGCAGUCUGUCGCGGCUCCGCCCGAGUCCCAAAUCGAAUUCGAAGCCGACUUCCAAGACGAUGGAAUGAAUGCAGGCUACAAACCCCAGUGUUCCUGGCAGCUGGAUUCUCCAGAGGCGGAAAACUUUAGCGGUUCCCUUGGCAGCCCUACGUCGGUCACAUCAUCCCAGUUCCUCAUCCCAGAAUCCUCUGAAGAGAAACCACAGCCUUCAAACACCUGGUUCCACAAUUUUCUCUCUGGAAAAUCCUGAGAACGCACUAGCUUUUAUUUUUUGCGUUCGUUUGUGCCGUUCACUUUUAGGAGGAUGUUUUCAGUUCGUUUUAGGGUUUGUGCCCUUACUGGAAAUCGCUCACAUUUACAUAAUCACCGUCACUACUGCUUCUCAAGGACUUGUGAUACUGACCAGACAGGUGAAGUACUACUGAAGAGCUGAAGGUGGUCUUAUCUUCUCUCGCUCGCUCAGAGCAGUAUGAUGUUUUAGUGUAGGAACGUCACUUCUAUUCAUACGAUGGUGUUCGUACCGCUUUCUUGCAGUGUUAUUGGAGUGAUCGCAGUACAUUUUCACCCUUACAGCAUUAUAUUGUGUACAACAUUUCACUGCUUUUUUUCAGUCCUAAUUUUACUUACAGUUUUGUAGCGGUAGGAGGUCCAAACAGCAGCCUAAGGCUACAUUUACACAACAACGAUGUAGUCAAAAAACGAAAAAAAAAUAAUAAUAAUUUGCAUUUUUAAAAAGUUUAAUGUACGAACAGGCAAAACUCAUAAAAAGUUUCCCAUUUUUAGCUGAACUUUGUUGUGUAAAUGGUCCCCUACGUUGAUUGACUAUUUAUUCACACAUUUCUCUGCCAGUGAAACGUAUUUAGAUAUGCAUUUAAAAAGAUCAAAACCAGUGCACUUAAGGCUUGUUCUCAAAGCUGCGCCGCUUUCAGGUGAUUUAAAAAAAAAUGAUAUGUAGCUUCAAGCAACAGCUUCUCGAGUCUCACUGUCUGUGUAAACAGACCCAUGCACAUUGAAUAAGCUGACAGAACAAAAGUAAAAUGGGAGAAAUAUGCAUCUCUGAUUUUUCUUAAACCUUUUUUACAUUUUAAGGAAAAUGGCUGUUAAAGUGUUUUCGUGAUCUUACAUCGUCAGUCCGUGUAAGAUGCAUGUAAACACACCGUUACUGUUAAUCGUGAUGCAGCUAGCUAGUUGUGUGUAUUUUUGAUUUGUGGUUGACGCUCAGUCAGCUUAACUUCUCUACUAGGGCUGCACAAUUUUGGGAAUAAAAUCUAAUUGUUUUUUUGUUUUUGUUUUUUGUUUGCUGUUUUUGUUUGUUGGGCUGCACCAUUUGGCCGAAAAUUAAUUAUGUAGCAGUGAGACUAAUAAAAUGUGUUUAAUUUUAAUAAUUACUAUUAUCACUACUGCUAUUACUAAAUAAAAAUUGUAAAGAAAAUAACAAAUAGUAUUAUUGUAAUAUUUCACUUUAAAAGAUAAAAAUAAUAUUUUACAGUACAGUUGUUACAAAAAUGUCUUAAUUUUUUAACAUUAAACUACAAGCCUUUUCAGUUUGGAAAUUUCAAUUUCCUUUUCUUUUUUUUUUUCUCUUUUAUUAAUCGUGCAGCCCAAUUCUCUUCAACAUAUUUACCAAAAAAUCUCUGCUCUUGGUCUAAUAAUCCAGGCGGGAAGCUAAACAUUUUUUUAGUCUUUUCAUUUUUGCUUUCCUAAGGUCAGUGACAUUUAAUGAAUUUGGCAUUAUCCGUACAUCAUGUGAAGCACCUUUUAGUUUUAUGAAUGCAUCGUUGUAUUUCACACCUGAUGAAUAUAUUGGACUCUAACGUAAUAAUAAUACUCCCAGUAUGACCUCAACUAUGUAUCUAAUCAUAGAUGCCUCUGUCCAGGAUGAUGAUAUGUCUUGUGUCCAGAGAUUAUGGUUUUAAAAUAACCACAGUGCCUCGGGAGCUUCGUUUUUUUUGUUUUGUUUUGUUUGUUUUUUUCACAAAGAACAGCAUCUUCUUUCAAAACAGUUUCCUUGGAUAAUGGGCCCACAUGGACCACAGGGUAAAUUACUGAGAUCAGAAGGACCUGCUAUUCCUUUAGAUUGGACUUUAUCAAUCGAGCAUACAGAUAUAUAAGAGAUAUGUAUCUAAUGUUACUGUGAAGGCCUUUUUCUGAGCACUGUACAUAUCGCUAGUCCUCCAAAACCUUGUGCAGCAGUCAGAACAACAGAUACGUCACAUCAGGACGACAUGAUGCUUGUCACUACAGUGAGAAUGAAUGAUGAAAGUUGACAUGAAAUCAGAAGAUAAGAAACUAAACCGCUAGUUAUGAAACUCCCACUGUGCACCAUCUAAUCUAUGUUUGCUGGAAGAAAUCAACCCCCUCCCUGCAUUUUAUUUGUGUUCAGUAUCUCGUUUCACUGUGAAACAUCAUAGUGUGGAAAUAAAUGGGUCGCAAUGCAAUUUCAUGUUGAAUUUGAAGAGCAUCAGAUAGCAGUCAUUAAACUCCUAAUGUGGUGUGUGAUUGAAAGGGCAUUAGAUGAACAUUAAGAAUGAGAUUGUGAAGAAAUAUGAGAGAGGUCAGCAUCUACUGUUGCUUAAGCUUUAAACACUACUGUGAAACAUAUUUUAUUUUUUUGAAAUAAGUUACUAAUAUGUCAUUUUUUCAGUUAUGUGUAGAGAUCUUUUAAAAAAGCCUAUUAAUGUUUAUUUUUUUAUUUGCUUGUAUGAAUGUAUUAUAUACAAAUGUCAAUGCGUAUGCAAUGUUUUUGUUUUUUUUAACUGUUGAAUAAUAUGCUUCGAAAGCCUUCGCUUCGGAUUUAGAUUUUAUAUUAGCCAAGAUGAGCUAGUUAUUAGGAGUAUAAAUGGAAAAUGAGCCAAUGUUAUAGGCUGUCUCAUUACAGGAAAAAAGUUGUCCAAAUCUGAUUUAUAUAUAUAAAAUUACUAUAUAAUGUCUGAACAGGGCAUUUCAUUUUUCUAAAUUAGAUUUGAGCAACUUCCGAAUUCAAUUAAGAUGAGAGAUCAGUAGGAUGUCACACUACAUAAAUGAGGCGUUAAUGUAAAUAGCUUGUUGACACUGAUGUAAAUAAGCUUUUCUCUUAAGCAUGAAGAUCAUCAGAUGGGAAUAUUGCACCCCAGUUAAUAUUGCGAUAAUAUUAUUGCCUUUGUAUGCAUGACAGAUUCCACAUUCAGUGUUCAGAGAGAGGAAGAGAGGAGCUAUGAAUGAGGAAUAUGAAUUACUUCCAUAUAUGAUUGUGUAAACACAUUUAGAAAAAAAUCAAGAUGUAUGCAGGCAUCUGAGCUUCUAUUACACUGUUGCUAAUACACUAACAGAAUAUCAACUAGUCUGUAUUAUUAGAGACAAUAAAUCCUGAAAAAAUAAA